AUGUCGAGUAUCCUGAGGACUGCCCUUGUUAGUGCUGGUCCUGCCUGCCGCAUUGGCAUUCUUCACUCUGGGUUGAACCUAGCCCCUAAAUUAGGAACUACGUUCGCAACACGAGCGCUCAUUCAUACUGGUCAACCAAACAACAACUCAUUGACAGGGAAACGAAUCAAUGAAGAAUCGCCCACAGGAACAGAGGGCUUCCAUCUCAAAGACUCGGCUGCAUCUAAGCAGGGUCUGACUACUCCUGAUGCAGUUAGCACAUUACCACCCACUAUCGUCCGAGGCGAUUGGGUUCUAUUUCAUCCUGUAUACUCUCAGGAGGAGAUCAAAGCAGUCGAGGUUCUCCAAAAGGAAGCGAAAACCAUAUCGGACAAAAUUGCAUACCAUCUUGUCAGGUUGACAAGAUGGGGAUUUGAUCUAGUGUCUGGUUACAAACACAAGCCGAUCCCUGCUGAUAGCAAGAUGUCCCUCGAAGAACUCAGAAAGGGCGGAUAUAUCUUGGAUGAGAAGGCGUGGUUAAGUCGCAUCCUUUUCUUGGAGACAGUUGCCGGAGUGCCCGGAAUGGUGGCGGCGAUGCUCCGCCACCUCACCAGCCUGCGUCUCAUGCGUCGAGACUCCGGUUGGAUACAUACCUUGCUGGAGGAAGCCGAGAAUGAAAGAAUGCAUCUAAUGACCUUUAUGACCUUGCGAAGACCUUCAUUAUUUUUCCGAGGCCUGGUUUUAGGGGCGCAGGGCGUGUUUUUUAACUUAUUUUUCUUAUCCUACAUAAUAUCGCCCCGCACAUGUCAUCGAUUUGUUGCAUACUUAGAGGAAGAAGCCGUUUUAACCUAUACUCGUUGUAUCAAGGACAUCGAAUCUGGGCGUCUACCUGAAUGGAGCAAUAUGCCUGCUCCGGAGAUUGCCAAAGACUAUUGGCGUCUAGACCCUAGCGCCAACCUACUUGACGUCAUUUACGCUGUACGGUCUGAUGAAUCUACGCACCGUUUCGUGAAUCACAGUUUUGCCAACCUGAAUACCGAGACUGACGUAAACCCUUUCGCCAUCCGGGAACCAGACAUGCUUGUCAAAGGGCGCAAGCUUGGAUUCUCGAGGGAGGAAGCCGAACAGUACGUGCAGGAGUCGCAUCAAAUGCUGGAGCACGGUAAAGCCGACUCGAAGUAA